GCAGUGGAUCCUUCGGAACUAGACAGCAGGUUGUGAGCUGCCCCUGAGAUGUAGGGACUUAAACCCUGAUUCCUUGGAAGAACAGCCAGCUCUCUUAACCACUGAGCCAUCUCUCCAGCCUCUGUGAUUUCUUAUAUAGUACUUCUUAGACAUAUCUUUUUUAUUUUUUAAAAAUACUUAAGAGUAUGUGUUGUCUUUGUGUUCUUGAGGAAGCCAGAAGAAAGUAUUGGAUCCGCUGGAGCUGGAGUUACAGAUUCUUUGUUGUGGAUAAAUAAUUCGGUGAGAAGAUUGGUUAGCUGUAUGGACUCGUGCUUUACUAGGCUGUUCGGCCAUGGCAGCUCAUCUCACAGAUGUGGAUUCUUCAGUCAGUGCAUCUAGAAACUCACCUGUGGAAGAUGAUGAUGUUGUGUUCGUUGAAUCAAUACAGCCUCCAGCUUGUGCUCCAGCAAUAGCUGAGGAAAGAAACUUUGUAUUUGCAUCUUCAAACCAUGAAAAUCCACAAGGAAAUUAUUCCACAAUUCCUCCUCCUUUAAAAGAUUUGACUUCUCAGAAGGGAAGUAUAUCUGAAACAAUUGUUAUUGAGGAUGAAGAGGACACAGAAACAGAUGGAGGGGAGGAGAAAAAUUCUACCAAGUUUACUGAAUGGGGACCUCCUGGAAACAAAAAUAGUACCAAAAAUGUGGAUUUCUUCAUUUCCAGUCUAUCAGGAAGUAAGACCAAGACUGGAGUAGGACCUUUUAAUCCUGGUAGGAUGGAUGUAGCAGACACACUUCACAGUGGAAGAUUUGCAGCACAUUACAAUCCUGAUUCUUGGAUCUCCCAGUCAGCAUCAUUUCCUCGUAACCAGAAACAACAAGGGGUGGAUUCUUUAUCACCAGUGGCCUCACUUCCUAAACAGAUAUUCCAGCCUUCUGCCCAACAACAACCCACUAAACCAGUUAAAGUCACUUGUGCAAACUGCAAAAAACCUCUACAAAAGGGGCAGACAGCUUAUCAACGAAAAGGAUCAGCUCACCUCUUUUGUUCAACCACCUGCCUUUCUUCUUUCUCUCACAAACCUGCUCCAAAGACACCGAAUGUGACAUGUAAAAAAGAUUCUCCUAUGAAGACAACAACCAUUAUUCCUCCAGUGGAGUUAAGCAAGUCCUUACCAGAAUUCUGUAAUGCAUCUCUGUCUCCCAAUGAACACUACCAGAGUCUCAGAAAAGAAGCUUUUACUAAGUCAAGAUGUAUAAUGUGUAAUAAAUUAGGAGAGGUUCGCCAUGAAAUCAGUGUUAACAAUAUAACACAUAAACUUUGUAGUAAUAAUUGCUUUAAUGAAUACAGAUUGACUAAUGGUCUAAUAAUGAACUGCUGUGAACAGUGUAGCAAGUAUAUGCCCAAGAAUACUGGACACAAGGUCCUGAUUACAGGUCAGCAAAAGAGAUUCUGCUGCCAGAAUUGUGUCAAUGAAUAUAAAGAGAUAAUGGAAAAAAGAUCAAAAUUAUCACUUUUACAAAACAGAAAAAGGAAUGCUACCAGAGAAGAAAAUGAAAGAAAAUUACUUGAAUCAAGCACACUUUCAGAAAAAAUAGAAAUACCAGAAAAAAAGGGAAAGAGCUCAGAGGUAAUAAAAGUUGCAGCAGAAUGUAGCCUAGAUGCAUCACGGAAGGAGCAGCAUGGGAACUUGCCUCCUGAGACAGCCAUGCCUGAUACAUUGCAAGAGCAACCGGGAGACAGACGCUCAGAAGAUCCUGCUGUGUCAGCUGUACUGUCUUCAGAUCCAGGCUCAUGGCCCCGAAUUUUGAAUAUGAAACAGCGUGAUAGUCUUGUCAAAAAUGAUCCACCUCAACUAAGAAAUUUCAAUUUUCCAAAAGACAACACAGGGAGGAAGUUUUCGGAAGCGUACUACACACGGAUUCUUCCGAGCGGGGAGAAGACCACCAGAUCCUGGCUUCUCUACUCAGCCUCCAAAGACUCGGUGUUUUGUCUGUAUUGCAGACUCUUUGGAGAAGGGAAGAAUCAACUGAAAAAUGAGAAUGGGUGCAAAGAUUGGCAGCAUCUGUCACAUAUUCUCGGGAAACAUGAGGAAAGUGAAAUGCACAUUAACAACAGUGUUAAGUAUUCCAAAUUAAAAUCUAACUUGAAUGGUAAAACUGAUGAAGCUGAUAUAGAGCGUAGAUUUUAUGAGGAUGGGGAAAAUGGUGUGCUCCUGUUGUACACAUAAUGUCCUGUCUGCUCUAGACAUCGCAGUGUCUGCAUUACACAGAAAAGUUUUGUACCAGGAGACAGUACCAUUACAUUGUGGCACUCUUAAGUGGAGGAACUUACAGGAGUUCGUUACCACUACGUCUAAUAGCAAAUAAAUAGUAAAAAUAUUCCUGUUUCAAAUUGAAAAGCCAUUGGAGUGAAUAAUGUUCUUGCAGAUUUUAUUAAAGGCAGUUUGAGUUCUAUCACUAUGGGCAUUCUCGCCUUAUAAAGUUGUUCUUAGAGGACUUCCACUUAAUGGCCUGAGGGCCAGAAAAGACAAGAUACAUUAUAGAACAAGCAUUUUUUUUAACAUUGUUAAAAAUAUAUUCAGGUUGGGCAGGGUUGGCAUACCCCUUUUAACCCAGCUCUCAGGAGACAGAGGCAGGUGGGUCUCUGUGAGUUCAAGGCCAGCCUGGUCUACAGAGUGAGUUCCAGGACAGCCAGGGAUACAAAAAAAAA